CAGUAGUCUCUACUCACAGAGUCACAGUGAGCUUAUGGUUAGUUUAAUUAUCCAGAAUUUCCAUUUUCAUAAUAAUGUUUUGGUUUGUUGUAAGUUUGAUUUAUCGUUAAGAAUGACAAAUUGGACGCGUUUCUAUUCUAAAUUGAGCAACAGUUGUUUGCGUAUAGAUGUUGUAAAUCUUACUGAUUGCAGGAUUCGGCCAAAUUGAUUCGCUACCUUGGUCGCUGAAUGCUUUGCAUGUGAAUGCAACGACCACCGGCAGCAUCACUGAUUAUAUGAUCCUGAUUUCAUUCUCCUUCAGAAAUGGAUGUUGGGAUGGAGCAGAAUGAUGAUCGGCCUGAACCGGUCGCGGACCAGCCAGUAUCUAAUGGUUCCACCGCGUCAGAAAAAGAAUCCCCUGCAGAAUCGACAUCGUGUCCGCAAGCCACUGCGGAUACGCAGUUUCGCGUAAUGGUGCAGAAACUCCCGAAAUAUUUCGGAUUCAAGCAAUUGAAAACCUGGUUUACUAAAAUUGGACUCGAUCCGAUCAAAAUCAAGCCGACGCAAGGCCGCGGACGGCGUGGAACAGCUUCUGCAUGUUUUCUGAAUUUUCGAUCGGAGGAAGAACGAGAUGCAGCGAUCCGCGUUAUCGCCACCAGUACAUUCAAUGGAACAGUUUUAUCGGCCAAGGUGGCGGAUAUGGCUCCGGAUCCCUACGCAGAGCGUGGCGAUCGAAACCGUAAUCAGAAAAGGGGCGAUCGCUUGAAUAACGAACGGGAAAGCAAUGAGUCGACCCGCGAUCCGGAAGCUGAGAUCUUGGACAUCGUUACGAAUCUUCACAAGCUAUCUUACGAAGAUCAGCUGGUCACUAAGCAGAAUCAUGCCCGCGAAUUGUUGCGAAAAGUCGAUAAGAAAUUCCAGUUCAAGAGUCAGGGUUCCAUACCUUGGUUGAAAGAGCGUAAAGGAAAUUUCUGCCCGCUGGAUGUCAUUCGGCCAUCGCCGAUCACGGAAAAGUAUCGUAACAAGUGCGAAUUCUCCAUUGGAUAUUCGCCUUCAAAUGAGAAAACAAUCGGAUUCAAAUUAGGAAAGUAUAAAGAAGGAGUGAUCGUUGUUAUUCCACCGUAUGGCUGCCGGCAUAUCAACGACACAAUGAAGAAAAUUGUUCAAAGUUUUACGACGUUUAUUAACACUUCCGCCUAUCCUCCAUUUGAUGAACGUACCCGCACAAAUUAUUGGCAUCAGCUGACAGUGAGAACAAAUUCCGCCGGUCUGUCGCUUGUUUGCAUUCAUUUCCAUCCACAAAAGUUGGAUCAGGAGUCAGUUGCUGCGGAGAAAGAUCGCCUCUCGUAUUACUGCAGCACUCUUGACAAAUCGUCUGCACCUACAUUUGUCUACUGGGUGUCGGACGAUAAACAAGGUGGUGGUCAAAGGAGAGCGGAAAGCAUGAACGAAGAGCUUAUUUACGGAGAUAAGGCGUCUGAGUUUGGAGAAACUCUUCUCGGAUGCAAGUUCAAAAUCUCGCCGGAUGCUUUUUUCCAAGUUAAUACCCCCGCUGCCGAAGUAUUAUAUUCUUCACUGAUUGAGCUGUCCUCCGUAACACCUCAGACCGUCGUACUGGAUUUAUGCUGCGGCACAGGAACUAUCGGGAUCGUCAUGGCCCGCCAUGUUAAGCGGGUUAUUGGCGUGGAAUUAGGGGAAGCGGCGGUCCGCGAUGCUGAACAGAAUGCCCGUGUCAAUAAUGUGGACAACAUUGAAUUUCACUGCGCCAAAGUGGAGGAUGUUCUCGAGAAGAUACUCCGCGAGAAAAUUCAGCGGGAUGAUCAGGUGGUGGUGGUGUUGGAUCCGCCUCGGUCAGGAGUUCACAAUUCUGUGAUUGAGUCUCUCCGGAAAGCUAGGCGUAUACAGCGGGUUAUCUUUGUGGCUUGCGCGGCGGAUAAUGAGUACACCGUGGGAAACUUAUACUCGUUGUGCCGGAGUAAAGCAAGGAAUCUUGAGGAUGGAGAAGAUCCGUUUUAUCCUGUUAAAUGUCUGCCUGUCGAUUUGUUCCCGCUCACGAAGAACGUGGAAAUGGUGUUUGUUUUGAACGAAUGUCCUCUAAGCCGGAAGAAAAACGUGUGGAAGCCGUGCCUUCAUGAAAGCUGUUUCUGUGUAGUUUUGUUUUGUUGUUACCCAUGAACUGUAAAGCUGUUAUGUUUUUGCAUGGAAUACAGCUUUUCUUAAUCGAACCGAACGAAUGAAAACUAAAAAUUAAUAUCUAUGCCUGACUAUCUGAAUAAACGGACUGGAAAC